UGAAAGAGGAAGGAAGAGCUGGCCUAUAUAAAGAAAGAGAGUGUAGCAAGAGCAGAGAGGUGUGGUUUGUAGGACCAUUUGGGGAGCGCUACAGAGACUGAACUGUGCAGUAACAGAAAUCACUUGUGUGUUUGUGCAUGUGUGUCCAUGUGGCUGAAAGUAUAGUAUUUGGGAAGUGUCUGUUUGAGGAACCAUGUCAGGUCUCGGGAAUGGUUUGACAGUGAAGCGCUGCCUCACCUUCGCUACGGGUCUGGUGGAGUGUCUGUGUUUUGCUGGAGCUGUGUUUGGAUGGGCUUCUCUUGUCUUUGUCUUGAAGACGGAGGGCUACUUCAGCUCUCUGUGCGUCAACACCACAGGAGUCAAUGCAACGCAGGUCUUAGAUUGCAGCGGGCAGGAUGAACAGUUCUCUCUUGUUUUCACCAUCGCCUCCUUUAUGAACAAUUUCCUGACGCUGCCUAAUGGUUUCCUCUUUGACCGGUUUGGUACUACAGUGACUCGACUCCUUGGAACCUGUCUUUAUACCCUGGGUUCCUUGAUGUUGGCUUUGUCCACUGCAGCUUUUUCCAACCUCCUCUUUCCAGCUAUUUCACUCCUGGCAGUAGGAGGCAUCUUGUUUUUAAUGACCAACAUGCAGGUUGGAAACCUGUUUGGCGCCCGUCGCUCGACCAUCAUUACUCUCUAUAACGGGGCGUUCGACUCUUCAUCAGCAAUUUUCCUUGUCAUCAAGCUGUUGCACGAGGCGGGCGUCUCUCUGCGAGCCUCCUUCCUCUUCCUGUGCGCCUGCAGCGUCCUUCACCUGCUCAGGACUUUCUUCCUGCUGCCCAGAAAACACAUUCCCUACCCACUGCCGGAUGAAUACACAUACGGGAUAACCUGUGGAAAAUCAAACACUCCGAGCUUAAAGCAGACAAAAGAUAAUGGUAACGCUCAGAAGACGAGGGGGAAAAUGCUCCUGAACACAGACGACCCGGUGAAUCAAGAGAAGAGUUUCCGGGAGUGUUUGAUGUCCAGGCUCUUUGUCCUCCACCUGCUGUGGCUGUCAGUGAUGCAGCUCAGACAUUACCUCUUCAUCGGCACCCUCAACCCCAUGCUGCAGAGACUGACAGAGGGAGAGCCUUCAUUGGUGAGCCGGUACAUCAAUGCCUUUGCUAUAACACAGCUGUGUGGCGUGCUGUGUGCUCCAUGGAACGGCCUCAUCUUUGACAGACACAAGGGCAAACCUCGUGCUGCAGGAGAAAGUGAACAGGAUGCGGACCUGCAUGCCUCCAUACUUUCUCUCUUCCUUACGGCGCUGCAGUGUGUGUUGUUCUCGGUUUGUGCCGCCACCCCAUACCUGCCGCUUCAGUACCUCACCUUCAUCCUUCAGGUGCUCAACCGCUCCUUCCUCUAUGGCGGCAACGCAGCUUUCCUCAGUGUGGCUUUCCCAUCCUGCCACUUUGGGAAACUGUAUGGUCUGGUAAUGGCUCUGUCUGCAGUGUUUUCUGUGCUGCAAUAUCCAUUCUUUGCCUUGGUGAAUGGACCUCUGGGUGGAGAUCCUUUAUAUGUGAACGUCGGUCUGGCGCUGCUCAGCCUGCUCGCCUUCAUCCAUCCUCUCUCUGUGUUCCUGCACUGUAGAAGUCUCGCCUCCCAGCGAGCCAUCAGUGCCUCCUCUUAAAGUCUGUCAAAUGAGACUCUAAAAUGCAAUUAUAACCAUUCAGUUUGUUUAAUGGUUAAUACCGGUAAUAUUUGUAUCUUUAAAUGCUUGUAAAUGCAUUUCAAAUUGCAGCAAUAUGCAUUCAAAGCCAUUCACCACAUUCUCCUGGAUACAUGUGUAUUAUUUUCCCUGUUGCAUAAUUAGUUUUACUUGAAUGUCAGCUGAUGGUGCAGAUGUGCUCUCAGGUAACUAAGCUUAAGCAUCUGUUAGCACUGUCUCUUAUGGUUAAAUGUCCAUUUGCUCUCUGCUUACCAUGAUCUUGAUAUGUUUUAUGAUUGAUACUUUAUGACAUUUUGUGAAUUUCAAUGUGAACCGAUCAAAAACCAGCAAAGCUGUGCCUCUCAGUUUUAUUAACCUACUGAUAUCAAUAUUGUGCCAAGUAAAGAUCUCCUUUAUUUGUUGGUUGUAUCAAAGAUAUGAUGUCUAAUGUUUCCAGUGUUUUUUUAUAUUUCAAUAGAAGAAUUGAGAGUAAUGAAGGAUUCCGUUUUUUUAUGAAAAAAGGGAAAUGUGUUUUUUUGUAUCAGUAAGUUUAUGUUUUAGGUUGACUGUGUAUUUUGAGGGUCAAGACUGAAUAGGUAGUAAUGUUGUUGAAAUGUCACUUUAAAUAUGUAUAUUAUUCAUUGUGAUGCACCAAAUUAAAUGAAUCUUUGUAAAUAAGUAUAGCAAA